GUUUCGAUUCGGUUAGACAAAAUCCAGACCACACCAGUCUAGUAGUCGUCUCUGGAGUCAGCAGCUCGUGGAGACGAUGGAAUCGAAGAGAGGAGAUUAGCGAGUUUGAGAGAGAAACCCUAAUCUCUUAAUUCAGUCCCAUUUUCACAGAUCAUGUCUUGGCUUCCUGUAGAAUCUGAUCCUGGUAUUUUCACUGAGAUUAUACAACAGAUGCAAGUGAAAGGUGUGCAGGUUGAGGAAUUGUAUUCCUUGGACUUUAAUUCUCUUGAUGAAAUAAGACCUGUCUAUGGAUUGAUAUUGCUUUACAAGUGGCGUCCAGAAGAAAAGGAGAAUCGUGUUGUUAUCACAGAGCCAAACCCGAAUUUCUUCUUUGCAAGCCAGAUAAUCAACAAUGCUUGUGCGACCCAAGCGAUAUUAUCAGUCCUCAUGAACUCUUCGAGUAUUGAUAUUGGCUCAGAACUAUCAGAACUGAAACAAUUCGCCAAAGAAUUCCCACCUGAACUGAAAGGUUUAGCCAUCAGCAACAAUGAGGCGAUACGUGCAGCUCACAACACAUUUGCCAGGUCUGACCCGUCUUCCACUAUGGAAGAAGAAGAAUUAGCUGCUGCGAAAAAUCUAGACGAAGAUGAUGAUGUGUAUCAUUACAUCAGCUACUUACCUGUUGAUGGUAUCUUAUAUGAGCUCGAUGGUCUUAAAGAAGGACCCAUUAGUCUUGGACAGUGUCUGGGUGAGCCAGAAGGAACCGAGUGGCUCAGAAUGGUCCAACCUGUAGUACAAGAGCGGAUUGACUGGUAUUCGCAGAAUGAGAUUCGCUUUAGUCUCUUAGCUGUAGUUAAGAACAGGAAAGAGAUGUAUGUAGCUGAACUGAAAGAGUAUCAAAGAAAGCGAGAGAGGAUUUUGCAGCAGUUAGGUGCUUUGCAAGCUGAUAAAUACGCUGAGAAAAGCAGUUAUGAGGCUCUCGAUAGGUCUCUUUCGGAAGUCAAUAUCGGGAUAGAGACUGUUUCACAGAAGAUUGUAUUGGAGGAGGAGAAGUCUAAGAACUGGAAGAAAGAGAACAUGAGAAGGAAACACAACUAUGUCCCUUUCCUUUUCAAUUUCCUCAAGAUUCUUGCUGACAAGAAGAAGCUGAAACCUCUCAUUGCUAAGCGUAAUCCCUAAAUCUACUUUGCCAGGAUGUUAACUUGGUAGAAAUCAGAUGUGUUAGUGAUCUGAAUACCGUGGUUAUAUGUAGCAAAACUUUAACUUAUUUCUCUGAUCACUCAAUGUGUGAGGCUUGAUUGUAAUUGGUCUGAGGAUUUUGGUGAACCAAAUCUUUUUUUACUUAA